AUGGUUGUUUUGGAAUCAGAAAGUGGAGACGCGCAGCCACUAAAUCUGGACGAUGAAACGAAACAAAAUAUAAAAAUUCCAAAUACUUUAUCAUUAGAAAUAUUUCGUCUAAUCAAGGAUGCUCAACAGCAGCAUGGACUCCGUCAUGGAGACUAUCAACGCUAUCGAGGGUACUGCUCUCGUCGUAUUAGACGUUUACGUAAAGUGCUCAAAAUUCCCCAGGGUGAUAGACGUCAUUACCGUCGUAAAGAUGUGACUGCUACGCACUUAACCAGUACAAAUGCUGAGAAUCGAUUGCUCUGUGUACCAUUGUUACAAGCGGAGCGAGCCUGGGCUCAUGCCAUGCAGUUGCGUCAAGAAGCUAAUACUGAACCUAGAAAGAAGUUCCAUCUUGUCUCGCGAUUGAAAAAGGCAUGUGCCCAUGCCCAUAUGCUGCUACAACUUUGUGAGCAGAGCGGCGCGUGCGACGCGCGCACGCAGCUGGAGGCGGGCGCGUACGCGGCGUGGCUGAGCGGCGCGCUGCUGCUGGAGCUGCAGCAGUGGCGCCCCGCCGCCGAGAGCCUGCAGCGCGCCCAGCUCGUGCUGGAGAACCUCAGCGCCGCCCUGCCCGAGGACGAGCGCCUCGUCUACAAGCAGAAGGUAGACGAAUUAAAACCGAGUCUACGUUACUGCGCGUAUAACAUCGGCGACGAGUCUGCUGCAGGAGAUCUUGUUGCUAUGCGAGGACAAGGGCUUAUUGAAAAUUUAGACACCCUCAUGGCUCAAGCUAAGGAGUCUCGUUCUGGAGUCAUGCAUGAAGUGGAAUGGCGCGGUCGUCGUGUUACCGUUCGUCCGGAAAAAGUUCGCCUUUUCCUCAUCGCCAUGCAAGACUUGGAUAAAUCUGUCGCUAAUGCACAAACAACUCAAGCCAAGAUAGAUAUCCUCGAGAAUAUUCUUAUGGAUUGCAAGGAUGCUAUAUCGGCGAUCAAGGACGAAAUCAAAAAUGAUCCCAAAUUGAAAGUGUCAUCUGAAUCGCAACAAAUGUCCGGCAUUAAUUACUUGCUGUCGUACUUGAUGUACUUACGUCUCGUUCGCACCAUCGAGCGAAACAAUCUCCUCGUUCAACAAGCGGAGGAGGCUCGUAAGAAAAAUAUAGCGAUCGACGGUAAAAAGGUUCGUCCUCAAGAUUUGACGAGGCUGUACGAGAUCAUCUUGCAAAAUUACACCGAACUGCAGCAACUGCCCGGAUUUGAAACUGACGCGGCCUAUCAGAACGAAAUUGAAACGGAGUUGAAGGCGUAUAAGGCCUUCCGUUGCUAUUAUAUAGCCCAAGUUCUGACUGGACUGAGACGUUUCAGAGAGGCACUCGCAAUGUUGGAACGGUGCGGCACGUAUACGAGCGAAGCGCUCGCCAGCAAACUACAGGACAAGUGGCUUGUGCAGAAAUUGAAAACAUUGCAGAAGGACAUCGAAACGUGCAAAUUUGAAGUUCACGCUGACUCCGUGUUGGAAGACGAGGAAGACGACGAAGACACAAAGUAUACGAGUGGAAAGUCGUACAAAGAUAAAAAGCCGCUAGUCGACCGCUUGGAUGAUUAUCGGGAAGAGACACAAAUGCUUACGAAGAAUCCGAAUAUAUUCAAAAUGCCUCCCCCGAUGGAAGCCGUUCCUUGCAAACCGCUAUUCUUUGACUUGGCCUGCAACUUCAUAGAGUUUCCCAAUCUCGAUGAUAAAACGGGUGCAGCAAAUGCAAAGAAACAAGGUGCUGGUAUCACUGGAUUGGUUAAAGGUUUCUUGGGAUGGGGUAAAAGCGACAAAUAAUUUUAUAAGUUGAUACAUAUAUAAAAAAAAAUUGUGUUCUUA